AUGGGUGUGGUGGAGGCACGCGUGAGGAUCUUCAGGAUGAAGGAGAUCGAGUAUGGAGGAGAUGAAGGACAAGGGCGUCUGCAACGUCCAAAAGGGAUCGGAGAGGAAGAGAGAGGAAGAGAAGAGAGGAAGAGAGAAAAGAAGGAAGAGACGAAAACAUAA